AUGGCUUCAGCUGGUGGUAUUGCCGCUUCAAAGGCGGUUGUCGUCGUCGCAGCCGUCCUGUGCGUCCUUCGCCCGGCCGUGGCGGCGACGGAGGAAGACUGCAAUGGUAUCUGCAAAGCCAACCAAUCAAUUUAUGAGGAAUGCGCCGACGUGUGCAACCUGCCGCCGCCGCCGCCGCCGCCGCCUUUGGAUUCUCUAUUAUCUGCCGCACUCGCAGGUUUCGUAGAGAGAAGAAAGCAGGCAUGUGCAGAAUGCAAAUCCGCCGCCUUGGUUGGGUGCAUCAAGGACUGCGAUCCAAGUGAUGCGGUGCAUCGUCAAGGACACACCUACAGUCUCAGCGCUGUGUUUUCUUUCUUUCUUUCUUUACCUGUCAGGUGCGUUAUGCAGGCACCUGCUGCUGAGCGUCAGGUUACUGUUGAAGAACUGGCAAGAGAAGCUGGCGCCAAGACAUUGAGUGGCUGA